AAUUUCGGUGUCUUAAAUGGCAAAUGGAAUUGAGAUAAUCUGUUUAAAAAAAAUGAAGGAAGAAUCCGGGACGAUAAAAGUGGAAGAAAUUACGUUAUUCGACACUCUGUUGGAUGUUAUGGAAUCUGAUCUACCAAUCAUCAAAAGUGAUGGACGACUCUUCAGAGAGGAAACGGUAUCACAAGAUAAGUCUGCAAUUGACACAAGUAUCGAUAAAACCGGUACAUCGAAAACUACUGCAGCAGCUGAUGGUGAAAUUGCCGCUUCUAGCUCAAGCUUGGGUUUUGAUUCCCGUUCCAGGAGAACGAAUGAAUUGGAAACGAGCCCUACUGAUGGCAACCAACGGAAACACAUUUGCAACAUUUGUGGUAAGGAGUACAAAACAAAGCGAGUUCUCUGUCAGCACAAGAAAACACAUAAUGGUGAACAAUCGUUUAUUUCUGACGAAAGUAACGAAUCAUUAAGCGCAGCAAUCAAACUUAGUAACCAUAAUACGCAUCAUACAGAGGACAAUAAAUACAAGUGCGAUAUACGUGAGAAAGCUUUCUUCUUGAAAACACAAAUCAGGAAUCCUAUGACGCAACACACAAAGAAUCGCGCCCAUAAAUGUCUCAUUUGCGGAAAAGGGUUUAGCUUCAAAUCGCAUCUUGAAAGACAUACACAGUACCACAGUGACGAGCGUAGGUACAGAUGCGACAUCUGCGGCAAAGAUUACAAAUCAGCAGCCAGCCUAUACAAUCACAAGAGAUAUCAUAUCUUCCAUGAGGAUGAGCUGCAUAAAUGCCUCAUAUGCGGAAAGGAAUACAAAUCAGUAUAUAAGCUUAAUGAGCACUCAAAGUAUCACACAUCCGAUGAGGACGGAUUGCACAGAUGCGACCUUUGCGGGAAGGUCUUUAUUUAUCGCUCCUACCUCCUGAGACAUAAGCACACUCACAGUGAGGAACAACAACACAAUUGCGACAUCUGCGGAAAAGAUUUCAAAUUACUACGUUAUCUGAAUAAGCACAGAAAGUAUCACACAAUCCAUGAGGACGAUUUGCACAAAUGUCCUAUUUGCGGGAAAGGUUUCGUGUAUCACCACGCACUUUCAGAACAUUUGAACACCCACAGUGACGAGCGGUACAGAUGCGACGUCUGUGGCAAGGAAUACCAGUCAGCAAAGAAUCUGAAGUUUCACAUGAAACAUCACAAAUCCGGAAAGAAUGAUCUGCACUGUUGCGACGUUUGUGGGAAAGCCUACGUUUAUCGCUCUUCCCUCUUAUAUCAUAUGCACAAUCACAGUGACGAACGCAAACAUAGAUGCGAUAUCUGCGGCAAGGAUUACAAAACAUCAUCUAUUCUGUAUAGACACAAGAAGUAUCACAUAUCCGAGGACGAUGUACUGCACUAA